AUGGUGCAUUGGGUGCAACCAACCACCACCACGAAUCGGGUGGUAAGCACCCUCCUGCUCGGAAUAGGUCAGCUCUUGACUAUUGCGCGUUUGGUGGUGAGGUACCGUUCGAGACGUAUGUGGCUAGAUGAUGCAUGGGCGUUCGUCGCCUUAGUAUGCGCUUUCAUGCUUCUCAUUGGAAUGUGGAUAAGAACCGACGUUCCGGGAACGGGGCCUUUGAAUCAGCCCCGAGAUGCUCGGGUAGUUGCUUAUUGGAUGGUGGCAUUGAGUUUCACCAAUACUCUUUGGGCUUCACGCAUGAGUAUCAUAUUCGCCGUGAUACGACUAAUACCCCCGAUGAUGAGAUUACGAAGGAUAUCCAACAUUUCUGCUGUGCUUUUCAUCCUCAUGUGGAUCGGUUUAAUCAUCCAGAAGUCCUACAUCUGCGUCUCUGACAAGUCAUGGUAUCAACACGCUGUUCCCCAGUGUCGCCUGGGACAUGGGGUGGCUAUCAAUGAACUUAUCACCGAUGCCAUAUCCGAUCUCUUACUGGCAGCGAUACCAAUACGUCUGCUGCAAGGCGUUAGUCUACAAAGUGAUCAAAGAAAAAUGCUGUAUGUCAUAUUCGGAUCAAGUCUCCUCAUCACCCUCGUCUCUAUAGUCCACGCCGUAUUCGUUCUUGGUCCCUCUGGACUCCUUGAAGCAGUGACAGCUCAGGCUCAGGCCGCCACUGCUCUCAUAGUUGCCGAUAUUGGCGUCCUCGGCUCCCUUGCCUACCGUCGUGUUCGUCAAGGGUUCCGAGACUUCGACUCAAAACCAUACACCUAUGAGCUAAGCAUUCACACCAAUGCCUCGAUCCAUCUGCAUCGGGUCCCUCGAGGGACCACCCAUUCGACGCGGCUGCAAUUCGCAGGGGACCCCGAGCUUUACAGCUGGAGCAAUCAAGACGACCAUGAUACAAUUACUGAACGUACACGGUUGCCGUCAGUUGGUCAGGUGAAGACGUUGGAUUUGAAGGAAAGCAGUAUAAGCUCUAAACCCGACUUGGACAAUGUUACCGCGAAGAACCUCAUGACCUGA